CAGCCCAGCGGGGAGAGAGCACUGUCCGCCCAGCCUCGCCACCCGGACCAUGCGCGCCCCGGAGCUCCCGCUCUUCCUGCUGGCUUUGGUCCUCUGCCAGGCGCCCCGGGGUCCAGCCGCCCCGGUAUCGGCGGGAGGAGGGACAGUCCUGGCCAAGAUGUACCCGCGCGGCAACCACUGGGCGGUGGGGCACUUAAUGGGAAAAAAGAGUACAGGACAGACCCCACAUGUGGAAGAGGGAGAAAGCCCGAAGCAGCCUUUGAGAGAGUCCAUUCCGAGGGAAGAAGCUACAAGGAAUUUUCUGGGCCUCCUAGAAAUCAAGGGGAACAAAAGCCAUCAGCCACCAUACUACUGGUCCCUGGGCAGACGUCAGCCUGCUUGGGAUGCAGAGGACAACAGCUAUUUUAAAGAUGUAGGUUCAAGAAGCAAAGGUGGUAGACUCUCUGCUCCAGGUCCUCAAGGGGAAGGAAGAAACUGAGAGCUGAAGGGACCUUAACAAGGAUGGCCUCCAGGGAGCAAAACAAAACCCUUCAGAGAAUGGAUUCUGCAACCUUCAAUCCUACUACUGGACCAUCCACAGAUUCCCUGUGUGCAAAUGACUUUACUAUUCUUGUAUCUUUCAACGUUGACUAAACCCCUGAUUUUCAAGCAGCCCCUUCUGGUGUGAGCUUGUUUGCUGUGAACAACUACCCAGAGAGUCUUCCAACGAAUGCACUGGACACCCAGGCUAUUUGCUGAUUAGAUGCACUGGACACCCAGGCUAUUUGCUGAUUAGACCGAGGACCCCAAUCUGUCUCCAUUUACAAUAAAAGCUUAAACACAUUGUCUGAA